UAUUGUUGAUAGUGAAUUUGUAUUCAAUGCUUGACUUUUACUGCAAAUCAAAAAAAGGGAAGACUGUGACAUGUCGUGGCAAUAUGGAUUAAUUAGGGACUUGAAAAAUCCGGAAUGCUGGAUAAUAUCAUCGAAAUUCGGCGUAGUAUUGGCUGACAAGUAUCCCAAGGCGAAGCAUCACUAUCUGGUACUUCCGUUGGCCAAUAUCCCCAGCAUAUUCCAUUUGGACCGCUGCCAUCUGCCGCUCUUGAAUGAGCUUUAUCUUCUGGCUCGGAAGGUUGUAGAAGUGGAGGCUGGAGGAGUGCCCUGGGAAGACUUCCAGGUUGGAUUCCACGCGGAACCCAGCUUGCACAGGCUCCAUUUGCAUGUCAUCUCUAGGGAUUUCGUAUCACCAUGUAUGAGGACCAAGAAACACUGGAACAGCCACACCACCGAACUUUUUGUGCCAUUCGAAAAACUCUGCGAUCAGUUGGAAAAAGAGGACUGCUUCUCGCGUCUGCCUAAAUCGGUGGUAGAAAACCUGUUGUCCAAGCCGUUGAUUUGCAACCAGUGCGAAUUUGAACCCGAAUCACUGCUUGACUUGAAGACCCACCUCUUUUAUCACUGGCAUACUAAAAAAAAGGAGCGUGAGGAACAGAAAAUUUUGGAUAAGAUAGCUAAAAUGUCGUUAUAUAACAAUCCGCCUCUUAAAAACCAAGCAAAGAAGCCACGAGGUCAUAAGCCACGGGGUCCUAGGCAACGAAACGGACCCAGGGAUCCAUCGAAUAGUGCCAGCUUUCUGGAGAAAGGCAAUGGAUUCCAAGAAGAAUCUUCGCAAAAGCCAAAUCAGUCUUCGGUCGGUGACAAGGUUGAACCUAGUGCUCAGCCAACUGAAUCGAGCUUCCAAAGUACAAACCAACAACUACAUCAAAACUCUAAUCUUCAGCACUCAAAUCAGAAUUCAAAUCAACAACAUCACGCCUAUUUCAAUAAGCAGAAAGGGCAGAUUUCUUAUGAACAGCACCCGAGUACGAAAAAACCUCAACAAUCGAAAUUCAAGCUUCAGCAGCCAAAUCAAAAUAUGCAUCCCGAUCAAGUAAAUCCCCAAAAGAUUAAUCAGUUUAAAUACCAGAAUCGCCGAAACACCAACCAAUAUAACAAACAGAAUGGACUGAAUCCUUAUCAACAUGAGAUGAGUGCUCAGAACCCCCAACAAACGAGCUGUAAUCAGGCAAACAAGAGGUCAAAUCUAGUGCAUGACGAAAGCACCACUUUUAGAAAUUUUAAAACUUCUAAUCAUAAGAGCAAAAGUAAGAACAAAAAUCCAGCAAUCAAAAAGAAUCAUCCGAAAUCUUCUGACAAUCUUCAGAAACAUGAGUCUGACGUUCCACCACCUCCAAGCGUUUCCAAACCAUCCGACACCUCUUAAGAUCAUUUAUAGCAUGAAAUCAAUUUUGGAAGGAUUUUAACAGGACGUUUUUCGCAAUUCAUAAAAUGGUAAAACCCAAAUUAAACAAAACAUGAAAAAUAGUGUAAUUAAAAAAUGUUUAUUUUAAUAUGGAGAGCUUAGAAGUAAUUUUAUCAAUGUUGAAAAUGAACUUAACUGACUGGAUAUAAUCCUUAGUUCGCUUACAAUUUUAAACGCACUCGUUAGAAUUUGAACCAUUACAUUAUUAGUUUCUGUAAGCUUGACCUUAAGAAUUACUAGAAGCUCCCCAAUGCAGAUAUCGUUUUAAUUUUACUUGGAAAAAAAGUUUAACUUUGCCACCCACCUGCACAAUUAGAGUGCUCUGGCCAACUGGAAAAAUACGAAGCCACGGCUAAUUAAGCAGCCACCGAGGAGCACCAGCAGCGCUGCUCAUUCCCCAGAGCCAUUGGAACACUUAUUAAAUUAUAAUUCUGAAUUUGAAAAGUGGACAAAGUUUGUCGGAUAACCAGUUCCCAUGGGAGAGGGAUAACUUUCAGUUUAAUUAUCGAUUUAAAGUUGCUGUGAAAUGAACCUUAAAAUGUGAAAUGUACUCCCUCCUAAGUUGGAUGUUAUGCUAAUAAAUGGCCAGGAAAC